UGGGGCCGCUCGUGGCUUUUUGAGGGGGCGGCGGGGUCGGUGCCGGUUCCCGCUGAGCGUCCGGCGCCGGAGCGGCUCGCCAUGGAGCGGCCCUGCUGGCGGGGCUCGGCCUGGGGCGGGAAGGCCCCGCGGAAGAAGCGGCGCUCGUCCCCGCUGCCCGGCGGGCUGCGCCCCCCGGAGCGCCCCGGUCCGGCUCAGUGCCGGCGGCGCCUGUUCGGCAGCGCGGGCCGCGGGGAGCCCCGGCCCGGCUGCCUGAAGGGAAAAUCCAGUGGGAAAACCUUACCAAAAAUUAAGGAAAAUCUUGAGGUCACCAAAGGGAGCCCUUCCUCCACCCAAAGUUGCAGCACUCAAGUGAAUGUCGAAGAAAUGCUGUUCUUGGAAAAGAACGAGGAGAGUGUAGAAGACAGCACUGCACCACUGGAGGAAUCUCCAGUAAUCUUCUUUGAAAGUAAAGAAAGCCUGAAAAGCACUGAUGUUACUUCGGGCACGGGGAUGACUCUUCCUACUGGUGUUUCAGCUUUUCUCCUGGAGUGUUUAGAUGCAGAUUCCACUGCAGAUUGUGAUGCAGUUGCUACUGACACCACAGAAAGUUUCCCAUCCCCUGAAACGUUAAGAGAUGAGGAAGGUUCAGAGAGAGGUGAUCCUGACUUCGAGGACUUUGUCAAAUGUAAGAACUCCACUCUCCUGGACUGCAGCAAAGCAGUGGCUGUAGAUCAGAUACUACAGAUCUCAAAUCUUUCACCAAUAUUAGAACCUGUAUUGGAAGAUUGUAAAGACCAACACAUGAAAAGAAAGAGACCCAAAUGCAAUUACAGUUCUUCAAAACUAAGUGUUUCAACUACUCUGGCAGGAAAAAAAAUCUGUAAAAUUACAACUGCAGGAGAGAGAACUCCAAACCUAAAAAGUGGUACACGCUGUUCUUCACCAGUAGGACCGAAAAGAAAGCCUGACAAUGAGACUGCUGAACCCGAAAGGCUGAAGUGCAGCAGAGAAGAAUUGUCUAACCUGUUAGAAGAUAAUGCGUUGUCUUCUGGUCAGCUUGAAUCUGCCCCAGCAAACAUUUCAGCCAAGUCAGUGAAGGUGACAACAGAGGUACUGGCCUCUAGACAGACAGAUGAUGUAGUGGCUCCGUGUUACAGAAAAGAAAUCUGCUCCAUUGUCAGAACUUCGCCAGGGCAGAGGCCUCCCAGGCGUCGCCGAAUUCCAGUUAACACAAAAGCGUUCUGCCUUCCUGCAGGAGUGCCUGAAGAUGUUAUUACAAGUUCUAAAACUUGGAUCUGCUGUAAACACAGAUGAGGCUUCUGAGCUUCAGCAGGAGUCAACAGAAGUGAAGUUUGCUGUAGCAGGGAGGUGAAACAGAAGUACUAACGAGUAAUUAAUGGCCAUGUUUUUUUUGGCAUGUGUAUUGUUUGAAACUUUAUAUAAUGUUUGACAGUAAGCCUGUGAAUCCUUUACUUGAAUACUUGAAUAUUAAAUUAUUUGUACAAGCAACUAGAUCUCAUUCUGGACAUUGUUCUUUAAGAGCUCCAUAAAGAUGCUGCUUCAGUUCAUUUAGAUUUUUUUUUUAAAAAGCAUGACUCGAAGACAGCAGGUUGCAUUAAUUGAUUUAGUUUUGAUUCUUGCUGUGCCAAAACUUCUGAUUUUGUUUUUUAGUGGUAUUGGUCUUCACAGCUGUGGCCUCUACUUGGGUACAGAACACCAGCUUUGGGGUGCUUGUGUUGGUAGCUUCUUACAACCUCUUGCCUCCUCCUGUCCCUGUCAUGCUCCCAGGCUGCCCCUACUCAAGGGAAUGCACGUCUCCUGUGAUGCAGCUCUUUGGGCUUCUGGCUUCACUUUGCACAAUAUUUACAGCCUGGAACUGUGCUUCAUAUAAAGUAUGAGUUGACCUAAUGCUUUAUUUUCUCGUACAGAUUGGGGAUACUGAUGGGUUUCCACAGUGAAACAGUGAGGUGGUGUCUGUUGAGUUUUGUGUGAUAGGUGACGUGGUCCUUCCAUCCUUAAUUUGUGCUGUGAUACACUGUAAUUUUUCGGCAGAGCAGUAGACCUGAUGGCCUGCAGAUAAAGGCUUGCAAGGUCUGACAGUGAGAGAUGAGCAAUCCUUUGUGUCGUCUAGUGACUUCCUACUUGUGGAGAAGGAAAUAGGUGCCUUGCAUGAACACAGGGGUGGAAGAAAACUUGUACAGAUGUCUGGGGCACUGGAUAUUGAUGUUUGUUUGGAUUUUGCAGUUGACUGCUCAUCCUGCUUGGUGCAUGGGUUAGAUUCCCAGUGCUUCUAGUCCAGUUUGUGGAUCGUUGCUCUCUAGAUGUCAUUCUUCAGCGUGCUGAAUGCUUCAGAAAACACUGACAAGAGCAUGGAUUUUCUCCGCUUGUAUUUACAGCGUGCUAAAGUAAUUUGGAUCUCUACGAAGUUCUCACUAACACCAAUCCUUACUCAGGCUCUUUUGUAGAAGUAAGGAAGUUUCUCCAUUGCUUUAGUUAGUUUGAUUGCAUCUGAACAGACCUGUGGAAGUUCAGACCCUGGCCCUUUUCCCAUUGCUUUGGGUUAGAAGGAAGUGCAGAUGGAUGCACUUGGAUUUAUUCUCUAAACAAAUGUUGUCUAAACGUAUCAUGCCUCAAGGUUAGAAAUCAUGCCAUUAAAUUAUUUUUCCUUUAAGCAUUAGUAGAGAGUGUUCUCCCAGUAUCUUGUUGGAGUACUUCCAGGAAUGCUUCUAGUUACCAGUAUCCUUGUUCUUACAAAUACAGAGCUGCUGGUAAUGCAGUGUGCAAGAAUCUGGAGCCCCUAGGAGAUAAGGGCUAGCGCCUUGAUGGAGCUUUAAGCAGAACUAAGUGAGGUGUGCAGUAAGUUAGGAUUAUGAUGGCUGAUCAUCCUCUACAUGAACCAGAGUAAAAGAGAUGUUGUUCUAAGGGUAUACCAGUAAGGUCCUAGGAAAAAACAGUUACUCUGCCCCCGAAGCACUUUUAUUUUCUAAUCAUAAACAGACCAAUACUGACAAAUCAAUUGGAGAGUACAUGAGCAAAAAGUAUUGCUUAUAACUGUGGGGUUGGCUGGAGCGGCCUGAAAACUGCAGAGUUUUACUUUUUUUUCUUUCUCUGUAUGAUGAGGCUAUACAGGAGGACAGAACUAUUACAAACCAUGAUCUCUCUUGUCCUUCCCAUCAGUUACAAAAGUGCUGCUCCUUAUUUUCAUCUUUUGAGAUGAGAGAAAGUGUAAUUAAUUACCAGGCUAGCUCUCUGCCCUGCGGAAGGAAAUCUUACUCGUUUUGAGGGCACAACAAUAUCCACUCUUGUUCUGCUUUUCUGAAAGGGUAGGCACUUUCCCAUGCUUUGGUUUCAAACUGAAGAAUGACUAUAUAAAAUUUCGCUCAAAGUGGAAACUGGUUCUUCCAUGUUAGUGGAUAAAGGUUAUGGGUCACAGCCAGUUAAUGGGAUAGCACAGAAGAGCUUAUUUGUGCGGUGGUUGAGGGGAGAAGCCCUCACAGUAUCAAUGGGGCUGCUUUGUCCCAAGCCUAGACGUGGCGAAGUCCCGGUGGCUUGGAAGGAAUGACAGUGAGUCAGUCUGUGCAAGAACUUUCUCUCUGUGAAAUGUGCUCUGUAGAUGCAUGUUAGUAAAUGUGCUACAGGGAAAAAUGUAAGGGGGUUUUCAUUAAUAGUUUUCUGUUAUUUUUGAGGUGAAUGGUUCUUCUAGGAGACUGAAAGUGCUUGGAGACAGUGAGUGAUGUUUUUUCUUUCACUGGAAUGCUACAGGGGUACGCGUACCAGCUGUUGGAGUGUAAAACCCUGGUAUGCAAAUGGUGCUGCUUGUUUGUUCACUAAAUCCUAAUCUCUAAACGUAAAAAGGACAGGUUUGGAGUCCGAGGCAAUGCAUGCUGAAUGGACAGAAAGUUGAAAUUCCUGCUUCUUACGCAGGUGUGAGGAUUUGCCUGUGGGGAGGUUCUUCAGGAAAAUGGAUGAUGAAACAUGUAUUUUGCUCUUCUUCUCUUCCUAUCCAUCCUCCCCUCUGCUCUCUUGAUUGAGGUGUGUUAACAAAGCUUGCCAGAAUCCCUUGCUGUUAACUUCAGAAGCUUUGGAACAGACUCACUUUAAAGGGGCUCUGGCAGCUUGGAGUUGAAUGCACCUGAUGUUAGCUCAAUCUUCAGUGCUGUUAAUUAUGAAACUAUUGGAAGCUCAGCCGUAUUUCCUGGGCAAAUUCUAUUGUUUUACAGUAUUCUGUACUUGAAGAUUUUAUUGGAAACUGUAUUUACAUGCCCACUUUGAAGGUUUUCACGCAGUGAAGGGAUAUGGAGAUCUCUCAUCUCUAAGUCUGGAGCAGGCAGGUGCAUCCUCCAUCCAGAACAAGGGGGAAAGAUGCAUCUGAACAUUAGUUCCUGCUUUCUGUUACAAGCAUCAGCUUCUAGCAGAUGAAAACCGGAGGUCCUACAGACAGCUGUAUGUGUUACACACAAAACGAUCCUUGUUUAAAAGCAUUUCGAAUGUGAUGUAACGUCACAUGCUGUCUUAGUUUAAUUCCGUUUUCUAGGGAAAGCAGAUGAAUCACUUCUAUUUAAUCAGUUCUUAAUUAUUUUCACUUUCUGCUAGUCUUGUAUCUUCACAGCAGAUAGUGAUGGAGACUGUUAACUGAAACCAUUUGGUUUAAACCUGUACCAAUAAAUACUUCUACAAAAAAUGCUCAGUUCCUUUGGCUUGUAUUUGGUCUGGAUUCACGUGCCCUUACUGUGUCCUAAAUGCGUUUGGCAUAUGGAUGUUUUAUGGGUACGAUGGCUUCCCCUGCACAAAGCACACGUGGCCGCCUUCCUUCCUCCUGGCUUGUCCCAGUGCUAUUUCUGUCUGUGCUGGGCUGUGCUGGGGAGCCCCCCCUGCCCUGAGCAGGCCUGGGGGAGAAGAAAACUAGGAGGAGAUGGGUUUUUUUAUUUUUUUCAUUUUCUAUCGCUAAAGCUAGAACUAUCCAAGGAAAUAAAACUGAACCCUGCCCCUGCUUUCAAGGAAAAGUUUCUGAAGUGCUGAAAGUGAGAUGUUAGGAAUUAUUUCUUCUCUGAAAGAGCAGCUGAGCAGGGGCACAGGCUGCCCAGAGAUCGGGGGGGAACCCCCGUCCCUGAAGCGCUCCAGAACGGGGCCGGGUAGCACGGAGGGAACACGGUCAGUGGUACUGGGGGUGGGGGUCCUGGAAGCCUUUUCCAGCCCGGGCGAUUCGGUGACCAGACGCUGAGCUCUCGGCCUCUCGUGGCCUUUCCCGGGCUGCAGGAGGAGCCCCGCCC